AUAAUCCCCAUGGAUUAAAAUAGUUGGAACUCAAUUCACAAAUAACAAUUUUAACAAAAAUAAUUCCCCUCUUUUAUAAACUUUUUUUUCUUUCAAAACUUGUUAACAAAGAAAACUCUUAUUUCCUUGUUCCUCCAUUGUUCACAGCUCCUCUCAGCAAAAAGCAUUUGAAGUGAAAAGUGAAUCAGUAUAAAUAGCGAAAAGGAGAAAAAAUGAGCAGUAUUGGAACUGGAUAUGACUUGUCGGUAACGACAUUCUCGCCGGACGGCAGAGUAUUUCAGAUCGAGUACGCCGGAAAAGCUGUUGAUAAUAGUGGUACCGUUGUUGGAAUUAAGUGCAAGGAUGGAAUCGUACUGGGAGUUGAGAAGCUGAUUGCAUCGUCAAUGAUGUUGCCGGGAUCGAAUCGUCGGAUUCAUUCAGUUCAUCGUCAUUCUGGAAUGGCUGUUGCAGGGCUCGCUGCAGAUGGGAGGCAAAUUGUUGCCCGGGCAAAGUCUGAAGCAACCAACUUUGAAAGUACAUAUGGUGAACCAAUUCCAGUGAAAGAGCUUGCAGGACGUGUUGCUAGUUAUGUACAUUUGUGCACACUUUAUUGGUGGCUCAGGCCUUUUGGAUGUGGGGUAAUUCUUGGAGGCUAUGAUAGAGAUGGACCUCAACUCUACAUGAUUGAGCCGUCUGGUGUCUCCUAUAGGUACUUUGGUGCGGCUAUUGGGAAGGGCAGACAAGCUGCUAAAACAGAAAUUGAAAAGUUGAAGCUCUCUGAAAUGACGUGCCGGCAAGGGGUAAUUGAGAUAGCCAAAAUAAUUUAUGGAGUACACGACGAGGCAAAGGACAAGGCAUUUGAACUGGAAAUGAGUUGGGUGUGUGAUGAGUCUAACCGACAGCAUCAGAAGGUUCCCGCUGAUCUGUUAGAGGAAGCCAAGGCUGCAGCUAAAUCUGCACUUGAAGAGAUGGAUGCAGACUAAGUGGCACAGAGACACUUUGUUUCUUCAUUUAUUCAUGAACCUACCUUUUAUGAGCUGAUUCAAAUAGCUUGCUCUGCCAUGUUUGGAAUUUGGUUCCUGUAUGACGAACGCUGUUAACGAUGAAAGAGCUUUGCUAUUGCUUUUUAACUGUUGAAACUGUAAUCUGUUCAAGUAAUUUUCUAAGAUCAAGAGGAUAGGUUGCAUUAUCCUAAAUGGAAUUCUCGUUUUUAACCA